GCCAGGAACGUCGCGAACGGGGACCAAUCAGAGAUCAGCUUUCCCUCGAUAACGGCGCGAGUGUGAAACGUCAUCGGUGAGCGACGAGCGCUCUGGAAGCUUAUUUCUUAGAAACCGUGGUGCGCAGGGAGGAGAGGCCUCGGGAUGUCUCUAGCAGAUGAGCUCUUAGCUGAUCUCGAAGAGGCAGCAGAAGAGGAGGAAGGAGGCAGCUAUGGGGAGGAGGAAGAGGAGCCAGCGAUCGAGGAUGUGCAGGAGGAGACACAGCUGGAUCUUUCCGGGGAUUCGGUCAAGACCAUCGCCAAGCUAUGGGACAGUAAGAUGUUUGCUGAGAUCAUGAUGAAGAUUGAGGAGUACAUCAGCAAGCAAGCCAAAGCUUCCGAAGUGAUGGGGCCAGUGGAGGCAGCCCCUGAAUACCGCGUCAUUGUGGAUGCCAACAACCUGACCGUGGAGAUCGAAAACGAGCUGAACAUCAUCCAUAAGUUCAUCCGGGAUAAGUACUCGAAGAGAUUCCCUGAACUGGAGUCCUUGGUCCCCAAUGCACUGGAUUACAUCCGCACGGUCAAGGAGCUGGGCAACAGCCUGGACAAGUGCAAGAACAAUGAGAACCUGCAGCAGAUCCUCACCAAUGCCACCAUCAUGGUCGUCAGUGUCACUGCCUCCACCACUCAGGGGCAGCAGCUGUCGGAGGAGGAGCUGGAGCGCCUGGAGGAGGCCUGUGACAUGGCCCUGGAGCUGAAUGCCUCCAAGCACCGCAUCUACGAGUACGUGGAGUCCCGAAUGUCCUUCAUAGCGCCCAACCUGUCCAUCAUCAUCGGGGCAUCCACGGCUGCCAAGAUCAUGGGUGUGGCCGGCGGCCUGACCAACCUCUCCAAGAUGCCCGCCUGCAACAUCAUGCUGCUCGGGGCCCAGCGCAAGACACUGUCGGGCUUCUCAUCCACCUCAGUGCUGCCCCAUACCGGCUACAUCUACCACAGCGACAUCGUGCAGUCCCUGCCCCCGGAUCUCCGGCGGAAAGCGGCCCGGCUGGUGGCUGCUAAGUGCACGCUGGCAGCCCGCGUAGACAGUUUCCAUGAGAGCACGGAGGGGAAGGUGGGCUACGAACUCAAGGACGAGAUCGAGCGCAAGUUUGACAAGUGGCAGGAGCCGCCGCCUGUGAAGCAGGUGAAACCACUGCCUGCGCCCCUGGAUGGGCAGCGGAAGAAGCGAGGUGGCCGCAGGUACCGCAAGAUGAAGGAGCGGCUGGGGCUGACCGAGAUCCGGAAACAGGCUAACCGCAUGAGCUUCGGAGAGAUCGAGGAGGACGCCUACCAGGAGGACCUGGGAUUCAGCCUGGGCCACCUGGGCAAGUCGGGCAGUGGGCGCGUGCGGCAGACACAGGUCAACGAGGCCACCAAGGCCAGGAUCUCCAAGACGCUGCAGCGGACCCUGCAGAAGCAGAGCGUGGUAUAUGGCGGGAAGUCCACCAUCCGCGACCGCUCGUCGGGCACGGCCUCCAGCGUGGCUUUCACCCCACUCCAGGGCCUGGAGAUUGUGAACCCACAGGCCGCGGAGAAGAAGGUGGCUGAGGCCAAUCAGAAGUAUUUCUCCAGCAUGGCAGAGUUCCUCAAGGUCAAGGGCGAGAAGAGUGGCCUCAUGUCUACCUGAAUGAUAGCGUGUGCCCAACGUGGCUUCCCACUGAAGGGACGUUGAAGUCCAGGCCUUCUGAAGGGCUGGGAUGGGGGUUAGGGGUUGUGGCAGGGAGAGCCUUCCCUGCCGCCCACCCGGUGCUCGACUGCCCAGGGAGGGGCCUCGGAAGAAGCCUGGCCCGGCCUCCUCCAGGAUGGAGCUCACCGCCCUGGAUGGGUUAGAGCAGGUCUUCAUGCCUUGUCUUUUUUAUUUUAACUGAGAAAGGAGAUACUUUUUUGAAGAGAGUGCAAUUAAAAAGCACAUUAUCAAGA